CGCGUCAGCUGAUCUGAUCACAUCUACAUCGCCUGUGUGCUUGUGUUUUCCUGGUUCAGCGAAAGAGAGUGACAGAUAUCACACGACCCGUGCUCGUGUCUGUUCGGUAAGAGGAAAGGAAACACAUCAGCCAUGACCGUGUAGGCUGUUCAAAGCCGCCGCGACAGAUAAACGCAGAACAAACAUGGUUGACCUGUCUGCAGUGACUCGGGAUGCACUUUGAAAUAAAAUGAAUGUGGACAUACGCUUGUACUUCAUUGACGUGUGACUGAGAAUCAAGAGGAAACAAGCAGGGAUUGUGUGAAGUGGGACUGAUUGAAGCUAGAAGAGCCAUGUUGGCCACCCAAACACCUGAGAGCGGCCCGGAGGCAAGAGAUGUUAAACAGUGGAUCAAGGGAAAGAUCGCACGGACGCUAAAAGCCCUACAGAAGCGGUACAUCACCACAGACACGGCGGUCACCAGCGAGGACCUGGAGGCUAACCUGCUGUGUUGUGCUUUGGAGGCGGUGUUCAUCCAUGGAAUCAAGAGCAAAUUCAUCCGGUCUGACGGAAGUCACGCACGCAAAGGAGGGUCACGAGGAGCACUUCCUCAGCCCGUCUUCUGGAGCCUGUUGAAGACUGUCACCCACAGGGAUGUAGUUCAAGAACUGGAACGACUAAGCUUCAUAAACUCAGACAUUGGACGCUGCAGAGCAUGGGUUCGCCUGGCGCUAAACGACGGGCUUCUGGAGUGUUACCUGACCUCGCUGUUUCGCGACGGGUCCAACUUGGGCUCCUACUACCAGCCCGGGGCUAUUUUGCUGGACCCGGAGGACCGCGAGGUUCUUCUCACCCUCCUGCAGGGUUUGUCCUCGAUGACCUUCCAGCUCUCCUAUAAAUCAGCUGUGCUGAAUGAGUGGACCAACACACCGCUAGUCCUCGCAGGCCUUUGUCCCCCAACACCUGCCGAUGAGCCUCUUGUAGGCCCCAAGCGCAAAGAGUCUUGGGAUACAGUCUCCGAGUCAUCCGGAGGUUCUGGAAGCUCCGAUUGGGCUCAGGAUGUGCUCCAGAGGGAGCCGAGGAGAGAGCAGAACGAGGGCUGUGAGGUGAACACGCCGCUGACCUCGUCAAACCUGAGUCUGGAUACAUCAGGAUCGUCACAGCUGUCCUCUAGCCUCAGCUCUGAUAGUCUGCUGCAGGGACAGGAGUUUAGGAGUCCAGAGAAGGAACACUGGAGCUGUGACACGGAGAUCAACCAAAAUGCACAACAGAAGAUCACAGCUACAGAAGAGAACAGUUCCUCUAAUCAGGACUUGAAGGAACACUUCGAUGUAUUCAUCCCUGCUUCAGACUCUGCAGCACAAGCAGUUAAUGACAAAACGCACAUGCCUGACACGUCCCCAACAGCUGCACAAGACGCACAUCAAUCAGACUCAUGCUCUGAAAAGAUAUCAGCUGAGACGAUACAGGAGACUGUAGAAGGAACCACGGAAGAAUCCGAGACUGUAGUUAAAACUACCGCAGUCACUGAGACUCCAGAAAGCGAGCAGAAGGAGGAAAACAAAGACUCACCUGUUGAUUCCCCUCCGGUUUCUGCUUCGACUGAGAGAGUUGAGAAGACCUCUGACCUUAAAGACCCUGAUGCUCUUCUUCCAAAAACCUCUACUGCCACUAGUACAGUGGAGAAAUCCCAACAUGCUGUAUGCAGACGCUCUGCAAGUACAGUCAGCAGGAAAACCUCCACGGACUCGCUGUAUUCCUCCUGCGUGAGUGUUUUCCAGGAUUCAUAUUCUCAGAAAUCCACAUCUUGGAUAUCAGAGGAUGAUUUCUACAAACCAGAAGAAAUGGGCAGUUCUGAAGCGUAUGCCAUCAUUGACGACGCACAGAUGAACGGACAGGUGUCGCCUACCUCUGAACCAGACACCGUCCAGCCACCACCUAGUGUGGUGCACCGGAGACACAACGGUCUUCCUAACCCGUUCAGGGGACUGGUAAAGCUGGGUCAGCUGGAGCGGCGCAAUGCGGUGGGCAUAUGGUGGGAUUAUUACUGCGAACUCUCUCCAUUUGAACUUAGGCUUUACAUGAACGCAGAGGAGCGCAUCUGCUAUGAAAACCUGUCCCUGCUGCGCUGCGAAGACGUCCGCCUGUCCUCUGGUACCGAGGGCCGAUUCCGGCUCUCCUUCCUAGGCAAAAAAAUCUACCUGCGCGCACCGUCUCGAGGAGAGGCGGAGGACUGGGUGGAUCGUAUCGUGGAGGCCAUCAGCAAACUGCGGCCCAUAAUGAGAGACGAACAGUGGGAGGUUCUACACACGUCCAACGACCAGGACGUCCCCUCGCCGACACCCUCGAGCCCCGAACACACCAUCUCAGAGCUUCCAGACCCUCCACAGUUAGAUUGGACACGUCAUAAGGACCCAGAGCCAGACGCCAUAAAGGAAGCGGUAGUCUAUCAGAAUUUGGAGGAGAAGGGUUGGCGGUCAGUUUUGCUUUCUCUCUCCCUGGAGACUCUCAGAGGGUACCGGGUUCAAGGCGACUUCAAGACGCCUCUCUUCUCACAUCCCAUUGGGAACAUCAGGGAUGUGGUUCCUGAUGUUUCUUUAGGAAGCCCUGCGUUUUUUAAGGUUUUGACUGCGCAGGACACUCUGACGCUGAGGGCGGAGAGCGGCGAGGAAGCACGAGGAUGGAGGAGUCUGAUCAGAGGAGCGCUCGACUCGUAUCUGGAGACGGAGGAUGAUGGAGCGGUUCAGGGCGUCUCGUCGUCUCGCCUGGGGAGUGUUCACAAACUGGUCCAACACAGACUGAAGGGAGAUGGGAUGUUGCUGUCUCACUUGUGUAUUGUCCCAAAUGAGAGAGGACUGGACGCACAAAACUACAAAUGUGCAGGUUGCCCUAGUCAGAUCGGUAUAUCUCUGGGGAAAGCCAGACUCUGUGAGUUCUCGGGUCAGUACUACUGUGAGAGCUGCCAUCAGGGAGACACGACCAUCAUCCCCUCCCGGAUGGUGCACAACUGGGACCUGACAGCACGUGAGGUCUCAAAACAAGCCUUUAAGCUGCUGACUCAGAUUGAGCACGAGCCGCUCCUGCACCUGGACAUUUUGAAUCCUGACCUGUUUGAUCACACUGACAUCAUGGAGAAAGUGCAGAGCCUGAGACGGAGGCUUCGUUUUCUUGGAGACUACAUCCUCAUCUGCCGCAGCGGCAUCGGCAAACACAUCCAGCCCAGGCUUCAGCAGCGGACAUACUUACUGGAUAACAGUGACGUAUACAGUGUGUUGGACUUGCAGCAGAUAGCAGACGGGCACUAUGAAUCUUACCUGCAGUCUUUGAUUCAAUUUGGCUCCAAGCACGUGCACAACUGUGACCUUUGCACCCAAAGGGGCUUUAUAUGUCAGAUCUGCAACACCGACAACAUCAUCUUCCCUUUUCAGUUUGACACCACCACCAGGUGUAACAUCUGCAAGACGGUGUAUCAUUCUGCCUGUAAGGCCAAGUGUCCGGUCUGUCCACGCUGCGUUCGCAUACAAAAGUAUAUGGAGAGGGAUUUGGACGGCUGAUUUAGGUGUUCUAUUCUAAAAAAAACGGUCGUGCUACAAGCUCAAAAUGCAGGGUUGUUACUUUAUUAUUGUUGUAGUCCAUAUUUAAAAGUUAUUUUACUUAGUAGCUGACCAACUGGAAGCGUUUGAUCGUUUUCUCACACUAAGCAUUUUAUUUGACUCUCAACCUUAAGUGCACUUAUUUACACAUUCAUAUGUACAUAUUUACUCACGUCGGCACUCCCAUGUAUGUUCUUUCAUGAAAUGUCAAUAAUGCCAAACAGACACUGUUCUGCAAUGGUGGGAAAGCUGUUAUUAAAUCUGACUUUUGCUGUUCAACUUUAUGGAAACACAAAAUUCUUCGGGCUUCACGUGUUUUUCUGCAGGUUUGUGUUUAGAAUCAUAAGUCUCGGGUUCUCUCUUUGUUUUUGUUUUUUUGCAUAGUCCUAAUUGAUUGUCAAGCCAAGGAUUUCUUUAUUUAUGAAAAUUAAGGCACUCGAAUGCCAAGGAUCUUAUAACUCUCGUUUUUAUAGUACUUUUUUUACAUCUGAAUGUCACAUGCCAAGUUUUAUAUGAAACAUUGUGAGUUUACAAAGCGUUGUAUGCAUUAAUAAGCAUGUUGUAUAUGCAGGAGUUGUAUGCAUUUAAUAAGAGGAUGGUUUGUGAAAUAACAAACACUUACAACCUCCUUUAACAGGUCAUUUUUGUAUGAUACUGUGCCUUUAUUUUCAAUUUUGAGUGUAGCAUUCAUUAUCACUAAACUGGAUUGUGCCAAAAAUGUAACUAUUGUAAAUCACCAAUGUGAAUUAUUAAUGCUUGCCACAAAAUCAGAAACAUAAUUGCUGACAUUCAUCUCUGUAAAUGAUAAAAUGGAUAAACUCUUAUAUAUUAUAUAUUGUUUUCUUGGUUUAAAGAAUGUCUGCAUAUGAAGAAGGUUGACUGCUGCUUCGUUAGCACUUGUUUUAUAUUGAACAAUGAAAUGGUAGAGAUGACAUUUUUCUUUUUGAGUUUUUUUUUUUUUUUUU